GACAUUUCGAUCUGUAUCAUCGCUUUUGAGCGAUUGCUUUAUCUCGUCGUCGGUUCCGUUUGGUUUAUUUUGAAGUAACAACUAAACUUUCAAGACUGAUUGCUUAGAAGGUAAACUGUCAUUCACCGAGAUAUAUUCAGGGGAUAAACAGCUUCGUUGCGGAUAUGGUACGGUGUAUCAAACAUCUUACAUUCCAAACCGUUGUAUAACCCCCCCCCCCCGAGGAAUAUUAUUAAGGUUUGAUCCAGACGCGUGACUUGAUAUCUGUAGGAAUUUCUACGUGAGAUACUGCUAUGACCGCAUCAGUGUGACAUGAGUACACGUCCCCCAGGAUCCCUAGUCGUAUAUCGUCUUUCUGAUCAGUCGGGUCAAAGACAGGAUAUCAAUCAAGCCGAGGAUACAAUUUUGGUGUUACUUAUUUCGAGGAUACGUGAAGAAGCAAGUGACGUCAUGCGGUGUGCGUCCUUAUUUUGUUUGAUGUUUGUGGUGUUUCUUCCCGACGGAACGGACGGAGCAAUCUGGUUCAAUAAGCCGGACAACUGGCGAGUGAAAUUCGCAGAGAACAAUCCACCAGUCCCUCCCACGCCCGUCUUCACAGUCAAGGCUGCAACCGAUUUAAUUGACCCUGCAACUGGUGUUGCCGCGACCAAGAUGUUCUAUACCAUGACCACUGACCCACCCGAUGGCAAGUUCAUCAUCGACUCGGAAACCGGUGUUAUAACGACCAUACCAAAUCCUAAUUUCGACUUCGAGAACCCAGCCUUAGGUAAACCAACAGCCACGGAACGUCGCUACAAGCUGUCUGUGACAGCAUUCAGUGGUCUUUUCCAACAACCUGGUAACACCCUGGGGACGCGCACUUUAGUUCUCGACUAUGACAUAACAAAUGUGAACGAAGACAUCGAAAUUACCAAUCUACCCAAGUGUCUCAAUGUCUACGAAAAUAAUGGCCCAGAGACAAUCGUUGCCGUGUCAGUGUCAGACAGAGAUGAAACACCAACAGGACAAAGAUUGUAUAAUUUCAAUAUAGAAAGCAAAGAGCCAUCUGAAUAUGAUGAUUUUGAUAUUGACGUGAGAGUCCCUGCAACCGGAGGACCGCUUACACGACAUGAGAGUUGGCUGAAAACGAAAGGAAGCCUUAACUAUGAGAAACAAAACAACUACAACAUGACAAUAUCUGCAGAGGAUGAAUUUGGAAUAACUAUCACACCAACACCCGUGAAGAAGACAAGGUCGCAUAAGGUCGAGGUGCAGGUCAUCGAUGUCAAUGAACGACCCAAAUUCUACGAAACUUCGUCAACUUGUGAGGUAGCCGAGAAUACGCCGAUCGGGACAACCGUAUCAACAGGUAUUUACCCAUUCAGAGCCUUCGAUGUGGACAAAUUCCCAGGGCCAAACUGUCUCGGCAAAUGGCCUGAAUCAGUUGAAUACUUCGUCGAGGGAAAGUUUAGCGAACUAUUUCGAAUGAGCAACGUGAAUGUGACGGGGGCAGGACACGUGGAUGGGUAUCUUGUCGUUAACGCACUGAUCGACAGAGAAGACCCGGUUAACCCCAGGAAAGGAACCUUUAACUUGUAUGUCAAUGCCCGGGACCAUCGUGGUUUGCGUAACGCUAACGGAGGUGACGUGACAGUGACAUGCAAAAUCACAGAUGUGGACGACAAUCCGACCAUCUGCAAAGAUUACAAAUUCGAAGCAGAACUCCAGGAGAACACCCCUCAUGAUACGCCAGUGCUGACGGUCUCCUGUUCGGAUAAGGAUGAUACCACUACCAACCCAAUAACAUAUGAAAUAAAAGACGUGGGAAUCAAAAAGGAAGCCACCCUGGCAGACCAGUAUUUUCAUUUCGGAAGCAGAGGAACGAGUCCUAUCAUGACAACGAAAGCAAGGCUGAACCUUGAAGGAGGUACGACGCUCAAUUUCACGGUGACGGUACGACAGGGCGCAGCCUUCUCUCAAAUGUCCACGACCUUGUCAGUGGACAUAACAGUCAUCGGAAAAAACGAUCACCGACCCACCAUGGACAAAGACUUCUACAACUUCUUCGUUGCUUACAAUGAGAAGGAUGGGUUUGCGAUUGGGAAGGUGUCGGCCAGUGACCUGGAUCAGCCGAAGUCCUCCAUUACCUACUUUCUUGUUGAGAAGGCUGAAGGUAUCCAGCUUGGUACCGUGUCAGGACAACUUUUUGUCGAUUACACCUACAUAAAAGCGAAGAGUAUAAUUACUGAAAAGACGCUGGAGAAGAACCAAAAAUACUGGAUGAGUGCUCGUGCUAACGAUAACGACAAACCACCAUAUUAUUCGAAUCACGUCUACAUUCGCGUGAACACGUACGUAAAGGAUGAUGUGAUGAUCAACAUUGAAGUUGCUGUAGGAAUAGGGGACUUCUCCGACUCACAGUUAGCCGAGUUCGAGCAGAGCAUAUCCAACAUUUGUAAGCCAUGCAAGGGAAUGUGUCCGGGAAAAUCAGCUAAGGGCGCGAACACGGUGGUCACCUGUUUUGCCCUGACGGACGACAGGACAUUCCAGAAAACCAACAAGGAACAGAAAGUAUCAUUCGUCAGCCAGGACGAACUCAUAGAUUACCUCACCAGUGAGAAGUUAGUCGCUGGCAACAUCUAUGGAUUUGGCACUUACGAUAUAGUGUCGGUCACCAAGUACGGCCAGGGACCGGAUCUGCUGCCACUCUGGAUCGUGCUGGGAAUCCUCGGCUUCAUCGGGCUUUUCUGCGGUCUCACAUUCGCCAUCAAGGCAUGCAUAUCCCAUGGGCUGUGCAAACCCAGACCAUCUCAACCAAAACCACCAAAGAAACAACUCCACCCCGAAAGUUAUGAUGUGGACGCAUUCAACUUCAAUUACGCUGCUCACGACAAGGGACCCAUGUAAACAAGAUACCAACCACAACAAAACAGAAAGAAGCUACCUAAGUUUGAAUAUUAAAGUUAGAGAACGCGCAAAGCUUUUUGGUUGAUAUAUCUCAUGUCCUGAAAUGGACUAAAGGACAUUUUCUUGACUUUGGAUGGAACAAAAGCUCUGUACACUCAUUCCUCGUAAAUAGCAAAGAGAGCGACUGCUCAAAACUUUGUUUAUUUUGAGAUCAUUGUUAAAACACUAAAAUCGACACACCUUGUGACAUGGUGCCCGCCUUUGACCUGGCACGUCUAUACCAGCUUAGAAAGUCUGAUAUACCAAUAAAUUCAUCUGUCACAUUGUUGUAUUCAUGUCGAACAUGUCUUUAGAAACUCAAUUCAUUUCUAUUUCUUUGGUAUUUUCAAUCGGAUAUUGUCAAUGUCAAAAUUGUUAAGAAUAACAAGCGUACAAAUCCUCCUAUCUGACAUGUACAGAAUUGGGCCUUGGCCUACCUUUCGAAAAGGGCAAGAUUGCAUAUAAAUUUUGUAUUUAUGUAUCUAAGCAUUGGUAUCAACGGUAUCGCAUGCGUAUAGUUUUCAUAAUAUCUACGUCAUCCAAGUCUUUGAAAGCUUUAAAAACGUUUUGUGCCAUUCGUUCAUCACAUCGGAUUUUAACGAGAUCGAGGUAUGGGGUUAUGCACACAAGGCACACAGGACAGAAAAGUCAUAAAGUUUUGAUAUUUGAACCUGACGCAUUGAUUUCGAGUGACCGGUGUAUUUUGAAGUAAACAACGUCCCUUGCGACAUAUGACUUAGGUGGUUAUUAGCCAAUAUUGAAGACGGGUAUAGUCAGGGGUAAAUAGCUUCACUGUGGAUAUACGGAGAACUUGGGAGUGUUCCAUCACUGAGGAAUAGGUAAUUGUGAUUUGAUAUCUGUGAAAAAUUCUUCGUAAAAUAUUAAACGGAAUACCUAUCUGCCAGGAA